GGUGUGUGCUGUGGGGAGAUCGAGAUGCAAAUUCCAGCUGAGCAUCUCGGCUUGUGGCCCCACGCAUGCAUCUCACCCCCUUGAACAUCCAUCCCUCUGUGCCGUGCGUGCUGCUGACCUACUUUCUGUGCUGGGCAUCCUCCUGCGAGGCUGGCUGUGGAGGAUGCUCUGCCCUGCGGUCCGGCGGGGACCAGGAGCAGGGAGCAAAUGCCCGGCAGCUCUCCCACCUACCCAGAUAAAUAACCCAGGGCUGCAGGGAUGCGGGAGCAGCAGGACUCCUUGCUGGAAGCCGAAGCCUGAGAACGCCAUCACCAUCGCGGUGUCAUCACGAGCGCUUUUCCGCAUGGAGGAGGAGCAGAAGAUUUACAACGAGCAAGGGGUGGAGGCCUACGUGAAAUACCAGCUAGACCAUGAGAACGAGCCCUUCCUCCCUGGGGCUGCCUUCCCUUUUGUCAAGGCACUGGAAGCGGUGAACACGCAGCUGCGUGAGCUCUACCCUGACAGCGAGGAGCUCUUCGACAUUGUCCUCAUGACCAACAACCAUGCCCAGGUUGGGGUUCGCUUGAUCAACAGCAUCAACCACUAUGAUCUGUUCAUCGAGAGGUUCUGCAUGACGGGAGGGAACAGCCCCAUCUGUUACCUCAAGGCCUAUCACACCAACCUCUACCUCUCCUCCGAUGCUGAGAAAGUGAGUGGGGCCAUUGAAGAGGGGAUCGCUGCAGCCACCAUCUUCAGCCCCAGCAAAGACCUGGAGGUGUCGGAGAACCAGCUGCGGGUGGCGUUUGAUGGUGACGCCGUGCUCUUCUCUGAUGAGUCGGAGCAGAUCGUGAAGGCUCACGGCUUGGACAUGUUCUUUGAGCAUGAAAAGGCCCAUGAGAACAAGCCUCUGGCACAGGGACCCCUGAAGGGCUUCCUGGAGGCCCUGGGGAAGCUGCAGAAGAAGUUUUAUUCCAAGGGGAUGAGGAUGGAGUGUCCCAUUCGCACCUACCUGGUCACUGCCAGGAGCGCGGCCAGCUCGGGAGCCCGGGCCCUAAAGACUCUGCGCAGCUGGGGCCUGGAGACCGACGAGGCUUUAUUCCUGGCCGGGGCUCCCAAGGGGCCGCUGCUGAAGAAGAUCCGUCCUCACAUCUUCUUUGAUGACCAGAUGUUCCACGUGGAGGGAGCCAAGGAGAUGGGCACUAUCGCUGCCCACGUCCCCUACGGCAUCGCCCAGAAGCACAAGCAGCCGGCGCAGGAGAAGCAAACCCCGAACAGCAAGUAGCAGAGCUGGCUGGUCCCCCGGCGUGCGGCACGGUCCUCACCCCGCGCACCACGCUCUGACCUGGGUUGCAGUCUGCGAGGCAGAGAGCAUUUGCUGCGGCGAGCGCGAGGUUAUUGCCCAGCAGGAGCCUUGUCGGGGGUGGGGGGGGCACGGAUGGAGGAGGGGGCUGACGAACAGCUUCCUUUUGCCUCUGUAUUCGUUGCAAUGUUGUGGCAUUGUCCCUGUUCCUCCUGGGGCUGGGGGGUCCCCUGCGCAGCAGCCCCGUGACAGCGAGCUGUUUCCCUGUUCCUCCAUGUGCUCUGCACUUGUUUCAGGCAAAAUCCUUCGAGGGUGGAUGUUGCCUUUUGUGGACUGUUUGUGCCAGGCAGGUUUAACCUAUUGGCAUUUCUUUAAAACCCCAGGUAACUCCCGAAGCCUUUGACUUACAAUGCAGAUGUUCAGGCUGAACUGUUGAACUGGAAAGUUGGGAGCACACAAACCCCCUUCUUGCAGCUUUGAAACAAGACGUUGUCCCUUUUAACUAAAAUUAAACCGUAAUAUUGUUCCUUCACGGACCCAGCCCCUGCUCCCCAGCUAGAAAAUCUUUCAUGUCUUUGUCCCUUCAGCAAGAUUUUGUCAGCUGAACAGCUUUCCUUUCAUGCAGUAAAAUCUGGAAAAAUGGAAACAAACACUUAAAACCAAAAAAUAAUCCUGUUUCCUGCUUGGAGCUUUGGGUUAGCAUAUUGCUGGCCCAGGUUUUUAUAUUUGGGUUUCACAGUUGCAUGAUUUAGCACUUAAAAAUAAUAAAUCUCAGUGAGGCAUCCAAAGCCCAGCUCUUGUGUGAGCCAUCCAGGGUCUGCAGACACAUGCCUAGGGCUUGAAUUAAGUUAAAAGCAGGCCCUAAUAUAUUAGGGACAUCAUUUGAAGUCCAUUUAGGUAAAUCUGCAGAGAAUUUCAGCCUGGGCGUUUUAAUUACAGGAUUCCCUUCACCCCCUCCCCCCCUUUCUAGGCUGAGCCCAUAUGAAUUGAUAAUCUUUUUCUCCUCAGCUUCUUAAAACCUCUGGUGUUGCCUAAAAUAAACACCUCUGCUAGCGAUGCUGUAAGAGAGAACCAAAUCUCUAAUUCAAAACCAGAAAGAGAAAUCAAUUGGAGAGCUGCUUCAAAAUCGGCGUGAAAAUCACACUGAUGUUUCUGCAUGGAGCCCUGUCCUAAAGGAGACUCUCAGGAGGAAAAUUUGAAGGUUACGUCUUUCUUGUGGGGUUUGGUUUGUUUUUUGGUUGGUUUUUUUUUUAGACGGUACACCCCAUGGUUGGGCACAAAGGAUGUCCAGCGUUAUCAGACAGUAGUUUUCUACAAACGCCAAUUCUGAGGUUUUCCGAGGUAUGUGUCUGCCUCUGGCUCAGCUUUGCAGGGAGGUUUCAGCUAGAACAGCUCAGCCCUUCCCAACAGCGAGGCUAGAGCUCGAGUUAUCGCACUUUGACAAAUAUAUAAACAAGCUAGUGAUGCCUUCAGUGGCUCGGGAGAUGGUUUUCUCAUUGCACUAAAUCCUGCUCUAGCAGUGAAAAAGAAAAUUGCACUUUCUUCCCCCCCCCCCCCCCCCCCAAAAAAAAAUAUUUCGCUUUGGCAGACCGUUAUUUGUCACACCUGGGUGACAAGCACCUUAGAGGAAGGUCUGAAAUACAAAGGAACAAAAAAAAAAAGUCUGGAAAGAAAUUAGUAUCUCAGUAAUGCAUCUAUUAAUAUACAGGUUUAUCAAAAGGUCUCGUCUUUUUAAUGUGAAGCCCAGAUAUGGGAUCUGAACUGUAUCUUGGAGACCUUUUUGGCAGCUGGGAGGGGGAGAACAGCUUGGUCUCCCAGUAAACUUUUUCCAAGGUGUUUCCUGAAGAUCACAUCGUGGAAGCCCAGCCAAGCCCAGCUCCCAAACGGGCUGCACCAGGGCCUCCUGCCAGCCGGGGAGGUGGUGUUGCAAGUGGAACAGGGCUGUCAGCAAGCCCUUAGGAACCCCCGGCAGGGUGCUGGUGGGAUGGGAUCCAGGGUGCAAGCACAGCCACUGGGGAUGGGUGCUUGCGCUGGGUGCUGUGGGGGCUGUGUGCUUUGGAUCAGGGGUGUUGGCAGGGCUCGGCUGUGCAGGAGGAGGUGCCUUAUCUGAAGGUGCUGUUGGCUCCAGGGAAGCGAUGUGAUGUGGUUUUGGGGCAGGGGCACUGCUGCCUUUCCGGGCCUGAGAUGCACAGGGAGCUGGGUGCAGGGGCGCUGCGCCGGCAGGAGCUUUAGUGACUCUGCUUAGGGUCCUCCUGCUGCCAGGGCAGCUUAGGGGCUCGCUGGGAGACCUGGUGCUUGGGAAACCGGCCCCAGGCAAGGUAGACCCCCGCCUUGCACCUCCUGAGCCCUUCCUGUGUGGGGAGGAUUUUCCAUUCCUGCAACGGCUGCCCCAUUUGCUUUUAUCCACAUGGCUUCCUACAUUUUUUUUUUUCCCCCUUUACCAUCACUACAACCGGCAGGCAUGGAUUUGCUGCUUCUGUACUUUCCUCACGUGCCCAUCUGUGACAUCCCCUCGGGCUGGGGGAGCGAUGAGGUCCCCAGGACCGGCUCCAUGGGCUGGGCACAUCUCCCACCCUGAUGGGCCAGCGCAGUUGUGCCUCUUGUGCUGCGCUGGCUGACAACUGGACUUCCCUGCUGUGUGUUGUUGCUGUGGGUUUCACUUCAUUGUCCUCUGAUGGUUUUUCUUGUGAAUGGACUGCCAUGUUAAUGAAAUCCCUCUGGGUGUUUUUCUGUAAUAAACUGUGUUGGUCCCA